UCAGAUCCUUCACACUGGAGUUCUGUAGAAUAGCAGCAUGAAGGUGGAGUCGGUUCCGACGCUGAAGGAUGGUAGAACAUUGCGAGAAGAAGUAUUUUCGCAGUGGCAUGACUUACGGAAGGCCUUCCUGCAGGAUACCAGUCUCCACGGUUGGAAAUAUGUUCCUUGUCAGAGGCGGCAUAUAUUAGUCAGAAUAUUAUGGGCAUUGCUGCUUUUAACAAUGAUUGGGGUGAGUCUGAGUGCGCUGGUUGAUCUUUACAAGAAGUACUACAGCUACAGCUUCAUCACCAAGAUUACGAGAGAACGCAAACAACAGAUUAGGUUUCCUGCUAUCACUAUAUGCACCCUGAACAAGUUUGACAUAAGCAAACAGAACCUAACUAACGCAGAGCUACGUUAUCUUCGCAGCUUUGGGUACCUAGCACACAUGUCACCGCAAGUUGACUGGGACGGAGAGGAAGGGAGAGAGCUCGAUAAACUGGAUAAUGUCAAAUUCUGGGCUGGUGGGGAAUACAAAAAAGAAGAUAUUUUCAAAGUCAUAUUCUUCAAAAAUAACCGAAUCCUCCCGGAAAGUCUGAACUACAGUCAGAAGCAAGAUCAUCGCUGCUUCACCUUCAACGCUAACGCUGAUGUCAAUGCUCUUGAGUCGGAACACACAGCACUGUUAAUGUCUAUUGACAUCAUGCAAGAUACCUAUCUGGAGGGAGCUACAUACGAGGCAGGGGUACAGGUAUAUAUCGAUGAACCUGAAACAGCGCCAAGCUACAAUGAUCAUUCAUUGAUUGGUGUAUCGGUCGGGACGUCGACACGCAUAGGGCUGACAAAGAAGAAGAUGAAGUACCUUCCUGACCCCUAUAAUACCCGCGGGACGGAUUGUAUAGACACUACAGCCUCGGACUUUGUCAACCCUCUGGAGUGGUUCAAGGUGUACAGCUUUGACGGAUGUCUCCAGGAGUGCUCAAAUAAGGCUGCCAUGAAUGCCUGUAACUGCACAGCCGGAUGGGAACCCCAGCAAACAAGAGUCAGUUUACGACACUGCUCUGUGAAGGAAGUGAAAACAUGUUACGAUCAAGUACAGUGGGAAGUCAGGAUGGGGAAGAGUUGUGCAUGUCAGUACCCAUGUGAAGAGACAUCGUAUGACAUGCAGGUAUCAUCCAUGGUACUGCCAUCAAAUGUCACCUUCCCGACUACUUUACUGAAUGCGGCAUAUACCCCCGACAAGAUAAGACAAAAUUACCUGGUUCUACAAAUCAGACUUGCCAGCAUGGUAGUUGAAAGGACCGAGCACAUACCAGAACUGGAGUUGGGUGAAAUAUUUGCCAAUAUUGGUGGCCAGAUUGGACUGUUUCUUGGGGCCAGCAUACUCACCAUCGUCGAACUCUUGGAACUAGUGGCCGCAUGUUUGCUGACAAGCCUGGCGAUCCUUUGUGCCAGACGUAAACGUCAUGGUUGAGGAACAAAAUGGACCUCGAGUACACCUGUCACCAGUGUGUAAGGGAGAGGACUCACUCUGUGGGGAGAUACAGCGGUGGGAUUGCUGUGUACAUCAGGAAGCCUGUAUCCACACUGUUCACCCGUAUACACAGUGAAUGGACGGACUGCGUAUUCUUCCUGACCAGCAUCCACGCCCAGACCCACAUAUUUGGUUUUGUCUACGUGCAAGACUCUACAACCUUGGCACAGCAGUCACAGGAUCGUACAGGAAUAGAACUUUUAGAGGAGAAACUAAUUUUGCUUCAUCUUGAAUACCCUGAUGCUAUAUUUACAUUCUUUGGUGACUUGAACUCACGUAUUGGUCAAGAACAGUGCUUUAUAGAGGACGAUAGUGUCGGCUAUCUUCCUAUUGAUGAACAGGAUUAUGAUUCAGAUUCUUUCAGUAUCCCGAGAAAGUCCAGAGACAAUGUCUUAAAUACCCAUGGCAAACAGUUAUUAGAGGUGUGUAGAUAUAUGAAAGUACACAUUUUAAACGGGAGAUCGGGGUCAGGUAACCAAGGGAACUUCACAUUUAUUGGGCUACAAGGUAACAGCGUGGUAGACUAUCGUAUUGUGCCCACAGAUUUAUAUGAUUAUUAUAAAGAUUUUGAAAUAAUCACAAGAACAGAGUCUGACCACCUCCCGAUUACAGUAAGCCUGUUGUUGUCACGUGACCCGACAGCUGGUCCCGCACGUGCAGCACACACUCACACUCAGUCACAUGCAUUCGACAGGUACGCGUGGAGACCGGAGCAGCUCGGUGAGUUUGUGGAUAUUAUGUGCAGUUCCAUUGAUACUUUCACACAGAACUUUGAUAACAAUAUCCAUAUUGACAUUAAUAAAACCGUAACCUGCUUGCUUGACCUUUU